AUUUCAAAGAGUCAGAGAACCCAGGAGUCUUCAGCCCCAUCCUGCAGCCGGUCAGCCCCCAGAAGGAUGAAGGUCAGCCUCAUUGCCCUGGUCUUCCUCCUCAUUCUUGCUGCCCUCCACUCUGAGGCCAAUGAAGAACCAGUUAAUGAAUUAACAAUCAGUCCAUGCUGUUUGGCCUUCAUCUCACGGAGAGUCCCACUCCGGUUUGUGAAAGGUUAUCAGAGAACCGGUGACCAUUGCCUCACCCCAGGGAUCAUUUUCCUUACCCACAAGGGCAGACAGAUCUGUGCCAACCCCAGUGAUGCCUGGGUGCAGGAGUACAUCAGACACCUAGACUCUCUGCCAAAGUGAUCUGGAAGCAGUGGGGCCAGCAUGGCUGAGGGAGCUUGAGAAGAGGCCACAGAGCCCCUUUCCUCCCCAACUCUCUCAGCCCCAGAAGGUCUCUGGGAGUUAUCCUGCCCCAACCUGAAGCUCUUUCAUGUUUUCUGUGCUCCCAUUCUCUGACAAAUUUUGCCCUUUCCUGAAGCUUUGCUUUGACACUUCCCUCUGGGACCUGAGACACUGUGGCCUCCAGACAGCAUCUGUCUUCCCUUUGCAGGCAGCCAGGUGUUGAAAUAAAGCCAUGCCACAGAAAGGAAA